AUGAGAUCAUACCGAGAUAUACUGGCAUUCCUUGAUAUCGAGGCUGGGGUGGAAAACUCGGACGACGACGGAGACGAAGAGGAUUUCGAUGCCCCUGGUUUUAUCUCAGAUGAGCCCGAAAUAGAUGGAGCCGAAAUAGAAGGAGGCAUUUCGAUUACUAGCAGAGAUCGCGGGAAUUCAGUACUAUGGAACAAUGAUGCCGAAUCCAUAGUGAACGACAUUAUGGACCGCUACAGAGGUUGCGAGGGCUCCGCUUGGAAGCGCCAGCACGCAACGGAGCAAAGGACAUACAUCGACGGAUGGAAGAGCAUCGUGGCGUAUCUACCUUCCGUUACAGAUGGUGACAUUUGGAAGGUUGCCGUUACGCCUGGGAGGGAGCUUGUGGUGGUCGCGACCAUAUUCAACAAAGUUUUGGCUCUGCAGAUCGAUGGUGUCGACAGUGCCUUCUGCAGAGAGGGGAUGCCUGGUGUUGUCUACAUCGAGGCUCGUCACUACGGUGCUGUGCUCAACCUUCUCAACGGCAUCAACAACGUCUGGCCUCGGUAUUACAAGGCUGAAGGCGGGCCAAUAGACUUGGUACCUAUCAGCGAAAGGCUUGCGUUGUUGACACUGGACAUUAGCCCGGUCAACGAAGUUGAAAAGGCUGCGGACCAGUGGCAACGAUUUGUUCGCAUCCGUGACCGCACUCGGUACAGAAACCAGCUUGCCAUUAUUGGGAGCUACAUAAUGGACGCAAGGGAAGCCCUCGUCCUUGUCGUGCCCCGUGCAGCGGCCCACGAACUGGAUCUUUUCGAAGCCACGCAACACAACGAAAUAUGCGAACUUGUUCGCAAUGCUCGAAAUCUUCAAAUUCGUCAAGGCGAGAAAUUCGAGGUGACUCAAGGGCCUUGGAAAGGGUUCAAAGGUGUUGUUGAAGAUACAAUGGUCAACGAUCUAAACAUAUCAAUACGAAUGAAAGGUCGAUACUCCUGGGAGGACAUCGAGGUGCCAAGAUCGGACUUGACGUAUACGGGCUCGAAAGGUUGCGCAACAACGGUCAAAGCAGGCCCUUACAAUGGAUUGACUGGGAGGAUACAUGAGUACAUCGGUGGAGAUAUGGUGGUCGUCUCGCCAGACGCUGGGGAGGAACAGACAGUAGACGUCAUGGUUUCGGAUAUACAGCGCACCGUUGAUCCGGGCGACGAAGUUGAAAUUAUGACCGGUAGUCUUAAGGGCCUCUCAGGCUUUUAUGUGAGCACAGACGAUGAGGCAAAGGCUAGAAUUUAUCUUCCGUCGACUCCGCAAGGAAGAAUGGACUUGGAAUCGCUAUACACCGGCGACCCCUUCCGAGGGCUCCAAGUACUCAUCGUCGAUCACCCUCUCAGGGGUUAUGAAGGCUACAUCGUUGGAUCCCGUUUAGUCAAGCCGGUAGUUGACGGGGACGAUGAAGCAUUCGAAUUCGAGGUCAACAAAUUGAACCAUAUAACCCACUACACAACCCGUAUCUCCGCUAAAUAUCUCCAAGAGAAACAUUCUGGGAUACCCCUCAUGGAAGCCAUCCAUCUGCCCCCGCAAAUCCUUCAUCAGCAGACGCGGGGGGGUACCGUACUUCCAGGGACCCCUCCGCCUAUAGGAAUGACCCCGCGCAGCCAUGAUUCAGAAUCUACGUGGCAAGAGGUGGCAUACGAAUAUACUCGCGGUGAAAUCUUCGCAAACCAUUGGCUCAGGAAUCCUGCCAUGAUGCACAAGAAAUUCCAAAUAAUGGUAUUACAGACCCUCAUUGACGACGGAUCAUAUCGGACGGACAAUAUGAUCAGUGGGUACACUGUAGUGACGGAGGCGGUGACUCCUUGGGCUGAGCGGAUCGUUGUCAAGACGGGGAAUCAGAAUAACCUCAGACAAAAAGAUGCGGAGCUGAGGAAGGUAAUUCCAGAUAACCUUGCAUUAAAAUCCGGCGAACGAGUGAUUGUCAUCGGGACGGACGCGGCGGGCAGCACCGAAAUAAAGACAGACCGUCAGAAGGCGGAAGACAAUUUGCGUGGAUCCUCAACUUACGAAGAUUUGAGUGGGGGUCGCCUCGUGCGAGUCAACGGCCCCAACGACUCGUGA